AUGGGUCGUGCAUUGCUGGUCCUCCUGUUGCCUGCAACAGUCUCUCUCCUGGGUGGGUUAAUGUUCGGAUAUGAGCUGGGGAUUAUCUCUGGUGCCUUACUGCAACUGCAGAUGGACUUCCACCUCAGCUGCUUUGAACAGGAAAUCCUUGUGAGUUCCCUGCUCAUUGGGGCUCUCCUUGCCUCUUUGGUUGGUGGGAUCCUCAUUGACCGUCACGGAAGGAGGAGGGCGAUACUGGUCAGCAACCUAAUCUUGUUGUGUGGCAGCCUCAUUCUAACAUUGGCAGGGUCACUUAUUUGGCUGGUAUUUGGACGUAUGACUGUAGGGUUUGCAAUCUCCUUGUCGUCCAUGGCAUGCUGCAUCUAUGUCUCCGAAAUGGUGGCUGCUCAUCAGCGAGGGCUGCUGGUGUCUCUCUAUGAAGCUGGCAUAACCGUGGGCAUCUUACUUUCAUAUGCGCUGAACUACAUCUUCUCAGACAUGACUGAGGGAUGGAGAUACAUGUUUGGAUUGGCUCUUGCACCGACUGUCAUACAGUUUCUCAGUAUCCUGCUUCUCCCGGCUAAGCCUGUUGUAUUAAACCUAUGGGACUGUGACUCUCAUAAGGGCCUCAUUCAACUGCAGAACAAUGAAGAUGGAGAGGAAGCAAAGCCAGAGCCAUGUAAGGAGAAGCAUUAUUCCUUUCUUGACCUUUUCAGGUCUAGAGACAACAUGAAAAGCAGGACUCUGGUUGGCCUGGGUUUGGUGCUCUUUCAGCAGUUCACCGGGCAACCUAAUGUCCUGUGCUAUGCUUCCAAAAUCUUCCGCUCCGUGGGAUUUCAGAAUGAUUCAUCUGCUGUCCUGGCUUCUGUAGGGCUCGGGGUGAUGAAGGUGAUUGCAACCUUAGUUGCAAUGGUUUUUGCAGAUAAGGCCGGCAGAAGGGUAUUAUUGAUUGCUGGGUGUGUGGUGAUGUCUGUCUCCGUCACUGCUAUUGGCCUCACCAGCUGGACUGUUCCAUUGGAUAAGGCCAGAGACUGUAAGACUGCCACAGAGCCCAAUGCUUCGUACACCAUAGCACAACAUCCCAUACAGCCAGUAUCCUCCCAACCAGCUGCGUUGUACAUCCCACGGACUUCAGCUGCUGGUGAAAGUCAACUGAGUCCCGGUUUUGCUCUUACCAGACCAGAGGGUCUUACAAAAGACUUUGACAGCACUAGAAACAGAGAGAUUAUUACAGAGUCUUCCCGCACUCAGAAAAUGGACCUGCCAAAUCAGGCCAAUGAAGAGACGGUGCAAAACACAAGCUCUCCUUUCAGUGAUACUCCCAAUAGGGAACAUAUGGUUUUAAAUUGGAUUACUUUGCUGAGCAUGAUGGCCUUUGUGAGCGCAUUCUCAAUUGGAUUUGGACCAAUGACAUGGCUGGUCCUCAGUGAGAUCUAUCCUGCUGGAAUAAGAGGAAGGGCCUUUUCCUUCUGCAACAGCUUUAACUGGGCUGCUAAUUUACUGAUCAGCCUCUCGUUCCUUGAUCUCAUUGAUGCCAUAGGCUUGUCAUGGAUGUUUCUUCUCUAUGGAGUAGUGGGAGUGGCAGCUGUUAUAUUUAUUUAUCUUUUUGUUCCGGAAACGAAAGGACAGUCUCUAGAGGAGAUCGACCAGCAGUUCUCAAGGAAACGGUUGUUGAAAGGAAACACGUUCAGGCGAAGAUUUGGAAGAAGGGGAAACUUUGCACAUGCUCAGUACCAAAGGGUGGAGCACUCCAGCGCAUCCUGA